AUGUUGCAACAUCAUUCGUUGUCCGAGACGGAUAUGAUUUCAUCAAGCAGACUUUCAACGGCCACAGGGAAAGAUAUGGAAGAAACUCCCCACAUCGCCUUCCUUGGUGGCAACCUUUCUUGGGACAGCAUAUUCUACGAUUGUUUCGGACAGGAUGUCACUCAAUUGCUGGAUCAGUUGAACUUAACACACGACACUACCAAAGAUCAAGACUACCUGGUGCCAUUUCAGAGACUCUAUGGCGUAGGAGUUCUACUCUAUACGAGUCAUCGGGCUGAGAUAGGCCGCUUCCAAUCCAUUCCAGGAUAUAUCCUCUCUGUGACCGACAAGCUGGCGGAACUACGUCCUUUCUAUAAUAUCUCAAGACGUGACCCGGCCCAAGACAGCAUAGGCAAUUUGACCGAUAUAGCGAGUGAGUAUGAGACCGCCGCGAAGAAUCUCCGGGCCUUAUGUGAUUGCCGUGAGUGCAAAAAACCAGUAGCAGGCCUCUUCUCACAUCCUGAACACCGCCCUGGCAGAACGUUCUGCUGGGUUUCAGUCGCGGCGACCAUGUUAAUAUUGACUUAUCUUGUUGGCCGCUGCGAGUUCAACUCAGAAAUACGACCCAAAAAGCUCGGUGUUAUGAUUAUUUACCAAGAUAUCAAUAUGAGACGCAAUCAUGGAAUCGCCUUUAAAGCAGACACACUUCUCUCACAUCUCACCAUGGGAGGCUUUCAAUCCAGCCCAAGCUUUUUGUUCAACAGUAUCAUGACAUUGUUCACCGGUUCUCCGAGUCGAAUCUUUUUCAGUGUGGAUUACCCAUCAGCCCAUUCCAAUGGCACUGUAUACUGCUAUCUGAAUAGCUUGUCAGACCUAUCCUUGGACUAG